AAUAUUCACUCGGCCACUGUCCUCCCAAUUGCUGAGACUGCCAGGCAGGGCCAUCUGUUCUGCGGCCCUUCCCCUGGCGGAACGGCACAAUGACUGUGUUAUUUCUCUUCCAGCUUCGCGUCACAUCAUGGAAGCUGUUGCCAAGUUUGAUUUCUUGGCCUCCGGUGAGGAUGAGCUGAGCUUUCACACUGGAGAUAUCCUCAAGAUCUUAAGUAACCAAGAGGAGUGGCUCAAGGCAGAGCUUGGGAGCCAGGAAGGAUAUGUGCCCAAAAAUUUUAUAGACAUCCAGUUUCCUGAGUGGUUUCACGAAGGCCUCUCAAGACACCAAGCAGAGAACUUACUUAUGGGCAAAGAGGUUGGUUUCUUCAUCAUCCGGGCCAGUCAGAGCUCCCCAGGGGACUUCUCCAUCUCCGUCAGACACGACGAUGACGUCCAGCACUUCAAGGUCAUGCGAGACAACAAGGGUAAUUACUUCCUGUGGACUGAGAAGUUUCCAUCCCUAAAUAAGCUGGUGGACUACUACAGGACAAAUUCUGUCUCCAAACAGAAGCAGAUCUUCCUGAGGGAUAGAGCCCAAGAAGAUCAGGGUCACCGGGGCAACAGUUUGGACAGGAGGCCCCAGGGCGGCCCACACCUCAGCGGAGCAGUGGGAGAAGAAGUCCGGCCUUCCAUGAACCGGAAGUUGUCAGAUCACCCACCUGCGCCUCCCUCCCAGUGCCACCAGCACCAGCCGCUGCCCCAGCCCUUCACCCCAGUCCCGCAGCCGCUACCUCAGCAGCGGUACUUGCAACAUCAGCAUUUUAGCCAGGACCGCCGUGGAAGCAGCCUGGACAGCAAUGACGGGCCCUGCGGCCUGGGCGUGGGCAGCGAGAUGAGCGCUGCGCUCAUGCACCGGAGACACACAGACCCGGUCCAGCUCCAAGUGGUGGGGCGUGUGCGGUUGGCCCGGGCACUGUACGACUUCGAAGCCCUCGAGGAGGACGAGCUGGGAUUCCGCACUGGACAGGUAGUCGAGGUCCUGGACAGCUCCCACCCCUCCUGGUGGACCGGCUUGCUGAACAACAAACUGGGCCUUUUCCCGGCCAACUACGUGGCACCCAUGAUGAAAUGAACACUUUGGGGUCCAGGGCUUUUUGUCUGAAGCUGCCCACAAGAGGGGGAGCAAGAGCUGGACCCCACGACUGCAUCCACAUGCUUGAGCCUUCAGGCAUGUGAGUACAUGCCUACCGGUUCCAAACAGCAUCUAUAAGCACACCUAUGUGUGCGCACAUUUUAUAAUAGUAUUUAUUGACAAUGGGAUUGGGUAAUUAAUUGAUCUGAAAGGGAACACAGGUGGAGAAAGAUAUUCAGACGUCUUCAUCUGCUCCUCUCAAGGGUGUGUAGAAGGCAGCAGGGGGAAGUGGGAAGCACAGGCAGGGGGAUGAUACAGAACUUUCUGUCCCUGGUCUCUCCCCAAUUCCUCUCUGGCUGGGGAGAUUUCCCAGAGAGCAGCUAAGCAGAGGCCACAUGCCUGGCCACAGCCAAAGAACAGCAGGGAGGGACUGGACGUGGUGGGGCAUGUUGGGGCUCACCUGCGUACCCACGCACCUGGAGGGCUCACAGGGCAGCUCACCACCAUUCUCCACCGCUGCACUAAGGUAGAGCCCAUCCAGGCCCACAGGCACCAAGCAAGUCUGAGCAGGAAGCGAGCAGGGCAAGGACUGCAGCAGCAACAACACAAGGCAGUCCCUGCCACAGCAAGUCUGGGCUCCUAGCCGCUGCCGCCAGCAAACGCUCCUUGGGUAGCAAGCUUUUCCCUGUGGUGGACGGGAGAGUGUCUCUAAUGUGGAGAAACAAAGAUGGAGAUGCCUCCGACAGGUGCCAAGCGCGGAGAAGCAGGGGGAGUGGAUUUUAUACAGAGCCCCUGGGGCCUACUUGGCUAUAACCUCCGUUUCCCCAGCUACAAGGAAAGCAGCAUCCUGGAUUCUGUCAAGUGUUUGGAGAAGCACUGGCUGAAAAUGCAGAAUGCUAGAGUCAUUGUUUGACAGCUUCGAGGGUGUCUCUGCAUGGCUCUGUUCAUUUUUUCUCUUGAUUUCCUAUGCUUAAAGCUUCAUUGCCCAGCGGCAGAGAGAAGCCAAGAGCCUUGACUAUGGAUCGAUAGAUGGAUUGAUGGGUUGAGUGUGACUUAGGGCGAGAGCUGGCUUGAAAAGAGCUUCCUGAUCCAUAGGACUGCUGAACCUCUGCUGGCCAAGAGGUGCCCCUGGGGAGAGGAACCUCACUGCCACUGUCCCUCCUCUACACCUGAAACAACAAUGGUGUGUCCUAGUGCCAAUGCUGGGCAUGCAAAGCACAGCUCAGCCUGGGAGGUGAGCAGCAGGGACCUGGAGAGGAAUCUCUGUGCCUUAGCAGAGCCUGGGAACACACAUUUUCCACGGGGUACUCUUUGAAGGAAUGUGUGGGGGCACAUGGCUGUGUGUGUGCAUACAUGUGUGUGCUGAGACAAGAGAAAAAAGGUUGGGGUGGUGUUAGUGAGGAUACGUGGUGGGGGCCCGAAGCCUUUGCUCCUUCUCCCAGCCCUUCCUGCUGUAGGGAGGAACAGAAGAGCAGCCAUUAGUUCACUUGAUAAAAGAAGAGUGCUUCUGACUCAGAAGGGACUUCCAGUGUAACGGCAGCUCUAUCUCUUGUGACUCUGAGUCUACAGUUCUCUGAUCCUCGUGUUCACGUUAGAGACUGGGGGAAGAAAGGGCUCUGUAGUGGGAACUGGGAGGGAAGGGAAAAUAGCCUGGAAGGGUUGGGGAAGCAGAGGGUAAGUUAGGAGCGGCUGCAGCCUUCAAAGGCGAAGGCAGGGUGAAGAGAAGAGGUGAGCAUUUUAGUGGAUCUCAGAGCCUGGGAGAGGCAGAGGGAGGGAAGGGAGCAAGAGGUCAAGCGGGGGUGUGAAGACAGGCACAAUAAGGGUCUGAGCCCCCAGAAAGGGCCUGGGGGAGGGGAUUGGAGCAGGGCAAGGAGCAAAGAUUCCCCGGAAGAAAGAAGCAGUGGAAGGGGGCCAAGGCACAGUGGACCUCAUCAGCCAUCUUGGUGCGAGGUAAAACAUUGCAGUAAAUAAAAGCCCAAAAUAAUGUUGAUUUGACAGUAUUUGCAAACCAUAUGCUUUAAACAGCCCACCAACUUCAUCCAUUUGUCAGGUUCUGUGGGAGGACCAGCCCCGGUUAAGACAGAGACAAAUUAUUCGAUUCUGGUCUGGUUCUUGUGCCUGGGAACACUUUGCUAGAAGGCAGUAACAAAGCAGUGACUUGUUCAGCUGGGUUGUCUUCGGUGUCUCUGUGUAAGGGGGAAGGGAUGGGGAGGGGCCCAAGGGUCCUUGGGCUGCACAGGCUGACCAUGCAGGUGAGUGGCAUGAGCAGGACCUCAGAAUGCCUGGAGCCAGGCACCCUGUUCUAGCAAGGACCAUUGUGGGAGUGUGUGAGAGUAUUGUAGGUUGAGGUGCUCAAACUGCCUUGCAUAGCACCAGCGUGGUUCAAUCUCAAAGGUCACAGGAGAAAGUCACACAAGCCACCACACUGAGCAGGACACGUAGGGACUAAGCUAAGAAGAUAAGACCAAACUCUUUACACUGGGUGGGACAGGGUGCAAGCUCAACCCUCCUUGAAACCUCUGCUGCUGCUGUGUGGUGGUGAGUGGCACAUGAGGGGUUGCUCCCCUGCCCCCAUCCGUACCCCAGUUUCUGCUGUCAGCAUUUCAGGGGUGAAUGCUAGGGCACAUUCACCCAGUGCCUCUCACUGGUGACAUGACCAGCACAUUGCCUCUGAUUUGGGCUGCAGUGGUCUUAGUGGCUUCAGGGCAGGGAAUUUCCAGAGAAAAACCAGUUCCUGUUGGGCCAGUUGAGUUCCCCUAACUGCCUGCUAAGGCUCCCUGUAUGUCAACUAUCUGGCACUUGCCCCUGCCCACCCACUUUUAGACAGUCUCACAAUGAGCUAAAGUGGCUGCUUCUCAAAUCUUCAAGUGCCUAUGAAUUGCCUGGGGAUCAUGCUAAAAAAAAAAAAAAAAUGGAGCUGCUGAUUUGAUCCUGAAUUUCUAACCAGCUCCCAGGUACUGCUCCCAGGCCCACACCAGGGGCUUCGAGAGCAGAGAACUUGGCAGUGAGCUAAACAGCUACAUACAUCUAAUUGGAUUCUAAUAAUUGGAUUCCUUUGCUGGGAUGUUCAGUCAUUCUCUGUCAUUGAUGAAGAAAUCACUUCAGCUUUGGGACAGACACAGUUGACAACUGUCUUCAUGACAUCAUUCAUGUCUGACAGCCCAAUGGUUUCCCAUCUUCAUCACUACCAGGAAUCAAAAACUUUCUGAGUAGCAAGUAUUCAGAUGAAACGCAAGCUGGAACUUCCUGAUGGUGACUACGGAUUUCGGAGAGCAGAGGUUACCGAAGUUGUAAAAGCUUUCUCAGGAAAUCUUUAAACAUAAAAUUGAGGCCCAUCAUACGGGGCUCUAAGUGAGUCAAGGGUAGGCGUGUCUGUGACCUCUCUGCUAACCUGCUGGUGCCUGUCUGUAGUCCCAAGUGCUCAGAAAAUAGAAGCAGGAAAGCGCCUCAGCCCAAGAGUUCAAGGCCAGCCUUGGGAAAACACCCAAAUCCCGU